CUUCAUUUAACAUUUAGUGUUUAUUUCAUGUCAAUCGGUUCGUAAAUAAAAAAGUUAUGACCAUUUAAGUAUUCACGGCGAACAUUUGCUAAGGCAUUCUAUUAUAGACUGUACGUUAUAAGUGAUAAAACGUAAGUUAUCUGUUUCAAUUAUUAUUCCUAUAAAUGUCCAAGUGAUCAUAUCGAAAGUUCCCAAGGGUGGGGGUGGGGGAUCAAAUUAGAAUUAUGCUUACUUCUAGGUAAAUUUUAUACAUAAAAUGUCCUUUAAAUUAUGUCAUAUUAUAUUUUUAAAACCCGACGCAAAAAUGACCACUAUGUGUCUGUGUGUGUGUGUGUCUGUUUGUGCCACGGUAGCUCGCUAACAUGUAAUCCGAAUUAGAUGCGGUUUUUUUGUUAGGCAGCAUAUUUUCCGAAGCUGGUUCUUAGAUAAAGUGUAUCAAAAUCGGUUCAUCUAUUUAUUAUACCUUGGUAAAAGUGGGAAUGAAAAAAAUGAACAUUUUCAAAUAUACUUAAGUUGUUUACUUAAUCAUAGGUUAAAGUUACAAUGUUCGACCAACAGAUGACGCUAGGUGUAUUCACUCGCGUAUUAACUCUCGCUAUAGAAAUGUUUUUAAUUUUUGAUAAGUAUUUUUACUGGUGUAUGAAAUAUAGUUUGGUUUUUUACAAGUUUUGUGAGUGUUUAAUUCAGUGAUCCCCUAGUGAUUCAACAUUGGUGCCGAAACCCCGGAAUUGGACUUGGUAAAAGUGAAGUGAAGUGAAGUUAGGACUUAGAAAAAAUUAACAAAUCUCAAACACUUAGAAUUUUCGUUAAAGUUAAUUUGUGGACUUAGGGCCUGUUUCACAAUCGCUAAGUAAAGUUCUAAGUAAGCUACUUCGAACAUAACUGCUCAGUAAACAACUUAAUUGCGUUUCACAAUCCCACAGUAAGGUUAAUCACCACUUUAUGUGAUCAGUAAAUUAAUCAUCGGAUGGACUGACAAGUAGCCGUUUACUGGACAAGUAAAUUCGACAAAUGUCAGCUAAUAUGCUAUAAGCUCAAAUGCGCUUCGAUCCGCAUUUAAUUAAAGUGGUGCCUAUCAAUUUAUUUUCGUUUUAAAAUGGAUAUUUUUGAUAUUAUUGAAGACGAAUUCGAUGAACUUUUUGAUCGGGUGACGGGACCGCGUAGGGAACCAUUAUUUCGAAAUCGUUCAAAUAAUAUGGAAAAAUAUGACGAUACUGAUUUCAAGAUAAGAUUUCGACUCUCUAAAGUAGCUGUGAAUUAUGUUUUUUCUCUAAUACAUGACAAAAUAACUGCCCCUACGUCGAGGAAUUAUGCAAUUACGCCUAUGGAUCGUCUUUUAUUAACAUUGAGAUAUUAUGCAACAGGAAGUUUCCUUACCGUAGUAGGUGACUUCACUGGUGUAAGCAAGGCUUCUGCUAGUCGCAUUGUUAUGUUAGUUUCAUAUGCGAUUGCGCGACUACGAUUACAAUUUAUAAAAUUUCCUACAAACACGAAUCACCUGCAGCAAGAGUUUUAUGAUAUCGCAAGAUUUCCCAAAGUAAUAGCCGCUAUUGAUUGUACACACAUACCUAUUAAAUCUCCAGGUGGAGAAAAUGCAGAAAAUUUUAGAAACAGAAAGUCAUUUUUUUCUUUUAAUGUUCAAGCUCUGGUAACUGCAAAAUUGAAAAUAAUUGACAUUGUAGCUAGAUGGCCCGGAGCAACCCAUGAUCAAACUAUAUUCAAUAAUUCAUUUAUAAAGCAACAAUUGAUGAAUAGAGAAUUUGGUUCUUGUGAAGUGCUCGGUGAUAAUGGAUACGAAAAUAAUUCAUAUCUUCUAACACCCCUCUCAAAUCCAAGAACACCUGCAGAGCAACUGUACAAUCAAUCCCACAUAAGAACCAGGAAUGUGGUAGAAAGAACAUUCGGUGUUUGGAAAAAUCGGUUCCCUGUUCUAUCCAAAAAAAUAAUAUUGCAUAUAUCACGAGUUCAGGCUGUGAUUGUGGCAUGUGCAGUAUUACACAAUAUUGCGAUUGAUACGGGAGAUGAACAAUUUGAAGAAAACUGGCCAGAAGAGUCUGACAACGGGGAGGAAUAUCACAGCAGCACACAGAAUACAGAGGAUAGUAGUGUACGCAGCAACAUAAUAAAUGACUAUUUUGCUUCACUAAUACGAUGAAUAGCAAUGUACAAAAAUUUAUUUGAAUUAAAAUAUUUACAAAA